AUGCUUUUUGAAACUACUCCUCUUGAUUUUGACCAAAUUAUUGAAUUUGCUACAAAAAAUUUUAAAGAGUAUGAAUUUGAAUACGUUUUCAGAUGUAUUUUAUCAGCUCCACUUAAAUUACCAAAGAAAUUACUCGAAUUUUACAAUUUAUACAUAAAACUUUCAGAAUGCACAGGAAUUAAAGUUUCAGCUGACCAAGCAUGCUUUUCCCAUCUUCAUAUAGCCAGGUUAAUGUUCCUUGAUAGUUUAUUUACAGUUGAUGAUUUCAAAAUUCUCAAAUAUUUUGAACCAGAGAACCUUGCAAUAUUUAACAAGAUAUUUGGUAUUAAUUCAGAUUUCUCUGAUGGAAUUAGCAGAUUUGUCUGCAUACACGGCUAUGAAAAAAAUACUUUACAAUAUAUUCUUAAAUACGACUUAAUUGAUGAAUUUAUUGAAGAAACAGCCCAGAUAAACUUCGAUAUUAACCAAAAGCUACCAGUUAAUCGAUAUGAUUUCAAUAAAAUCGAUGAAAAAUUAAGUUUAAUCCAAAUGAGCGCUUUUUAUGGUAGUAUCAACUGUUUCAAGUAUUUGAUGCUCAACAAUGCUGAAAUCGACCCAUUGUUAUUCAUUUUUGCUAUUAUUGGUGGAAAUUUAGAAAUUUUACAUAUUGUCAAGGGAGAACUUGAUAAAAUGUCCAUUCCUAAUGAUAAUCCAUUAUUUCUAGAACUAAAGCAGCGUGCCAGUCAAGAAUCUCUCCAGAUUGCCGGAAGUUAUUCCAGAUAUAACAUUUUUGACUGGUUAAUUUCGAAAAACUACAACAACGACCUUGUCUCAUAUGUCUACAACUCCAAGAACCUCAACACCCGCAUGACCCUGUACUACAAGCAAGAGGAUCCCUCCUUCAACAAAGAGGAAUUCGACAAACUUUGGCCAGUCCACAUUGUAUCAAUCGACGGCCUUUACCCACAGUUGCUCAUUCUCCUGGACAGCGGCGCCGACCCAAACAUGACGACAAGCAUCGACAUGUCUCCCGCGUUGACAUCCCUGUCUAUUGCGAUCAACUCAUACAACGAGGCAAUAAUAAAACUCCUCCUAGAACUCGGGGCAAAUCCAAACUGGACAAAUCCGACGAAACUGAACUGGGGACCUCUUCACUUCGCUGCAUUCUCAAACAGCUACUUGUGCGUGAGGGCACUGAUCGAACAUGGAGCUGAUCCAUUCGCUGUCUCUGUUUUUAGAAAGGGGAGGACGUAUUUGGACGAAGCUGUGAGACAGAACAAAAGAGAAAUUGCAAAAAUUCUGAAAGAAUACGGAGCAAUGGAAACAAAACCUUGUUCAAAAGAAGAGUUUCUACCUAUAGAACUCGCAAAGACUGAAAAUAUUAAAGAAUAUCUCUCGGAAGUGAUGAGUUCUAUCAAAUAA